UCACGAAUAUACAAGUACAUUCAACAAACGAUCCAUCUCGUUGUUCAAUCCCGUUGUUUGCUGUUUCGCGCUUCCCUUGCCCCGAUGUAUGCUACUCUCGCUUCUCCUUCCGUCGCCGCUAAACCCGUCCACAGUUUCUCUCCGAAGAAGACCGUGACCAUCAGAAACUGGGCGCAGGCGGCGGCGUCCUUUAAGUCGGCCACCGCUACGGACAACCACAACGCCUCUGCGGCGGCGUUGGCGGGGAGUUUGUACGAGAUACUCAAGGUGGAGAGAACGGCGUCGUUGAACGAUAUCAAGAUGGCGUACCGGAGCCUGGCCAAGGUUUAUCAUCCCGACGCGAUGGGAUCCUCAUCGAACGGUCGUGAUUUCAUCGUGAUACGCAACGCCUAUGCAACAUUGUCGGAUCCAACGGCUAGAGCCGUGUACGAUAUGUCGUUGGGGGGACGUGUCAGGAGUCGGGUAUGCCCGACCCGAAGAUGGGAGACCGAUCAGUGUUGGUAGG